UGUAUCUAUUUAAACACUGUGCCUAUAUAGUGAACAAAGCACUGGUUACAAAAAAGUAUCCGGUUUUCUCAGCAGUAUGUGUUAUAAAGUCAUUUCGUUAUUUAAAAAUUGAAUGGAGUAAUACCCAGUGAAGUAGAUAUCAUUCAUUGUGCUGACUUGCUGACGCCGGAUUAGUUAUUUUUAAGAGACGAAUUUAAUUUUCAACAACAUUCAUUAUUCGUGCGGCUUUGCGUAAGUUUGUUGCUUGGUAUUCUUACAACGAAACAUGGGCGAUAGUUAUUGUAGGGACGUUUUAACGGUUUGGGGAUAUCCUCAAUACAUAGAAAAAUUUGAGGAAAACGACAUAGAUAAGGAAGUUCUUUUAAACAUUUCUGACACCGACUUGGCUACAAUUGUGCCCAAAAUAGGUCAUAGAGUAAUCCUUCGUAAACGAAUCGAAGAAGAAAAAAUUAAGUUAAGUGCUACAAUAGCGAGUGAUAGUCAUCAGAGUUACAACUUAUUGGAUUCAUUUCACAGAGAAAAUGAUUCCAUAUCGAGUCGUGCAUCAUCAACGUUGAUAUCUGAACACAGUGAUCAAAUAGUACAUAUCAAUGAACCAUUUCAACUGUCACCGGAUAAUCAUCUUUUGAACAUUACACUGGUGAAUGAAGCCGGACCGUCAACUUCUCAAGAUCACGGCGGAAUAGACGUAACGAAUGACGAAUGUGGCGUAAUAAACGUUUUUCAAUCAAUUGAAAACUUAGGCGAACAAUCAAAGCCCAAAAGGGCGCGAAUUUCAAGCUUUGCUACUGAUUUUAAUCUUGAAGAAGUUCUUCGAAAAUCAAGGACCGGGCAAGCUAUUAUUAACAUUUACAAACUGAACCAAAUUCUUGACAGCGCAAGUCAGUCAUAUUUAGUGGACAUAAUCGUCUCCCAUUGUUUGAACAAUGAAUGUUGGAGAUUAACAAAUGAUGACUUCAAAACUAUAGCAUCAAAAGUGAAUAUUUUGUUCCCUAACGAAAAUACUGAUGUGUACUAUUGCCCACCAGUGCAUAAAAGAUUUUCAAGAGAAAAUCGAUCAGAAGCAUCAAAGGGAAAAUUAGUAGAUAAAUAUAAAAAUAAAAUUACGUAUCUAAGAAAAGCAGGAGUGGUACCAUUACUGAGAUAUUCAGCGUCUGAUGUUCAAUCGGAAGUAGGCUCUGUGAUUGCCUCAGAUUUAACACAAAGUAAUGAGUAUAUUUGGUUGAAAAAUAAUAUUGAGCCGUGGCAAGAAGUGCAAACGGUUUGGAAUAAGACAUAUCUUCUCAGAACCAAGUCAUUUUCUGACGAAAAAAGUAUAACCCACAUUUUUGAAGACUGGCCUAUCUUAAAAAAUCCAUUGGGAUACACAUUGAUCGAAGAGGAUUUCUCAAAAGUAUAUCCCAAUAACAAUAACAAUCUUUUUCUUGAUUUUGAAAGUAUUUUUAAGAAGGUUUUAAACUUAAGGCGAAAACAUUUGUCUUUGAGGGACAAACCAUGGGUUGAUGUGUUUAAUGCAACUGCAAAUGAGGACUAUAAAACGUAUACCGCUUGUAUAUUGUUGUCAUCCUUGAUUCCCUGCACCAAAAAAAUUGUAUCAGGCAAAAAACAAUGGAAACCAAAUAGUGAUGAUGCUAUUAACGGAAUCAUCGUUAAAGUGGAGAGUAUUGCUGAUAUUAAUGGAGUAAUUGCAAGCAAACAACAGGCGAAUCAAAAAAAUAAUUUGCCGGUUCUUCCCUACAUCGUAGUAGAAAUCCACGAAACAACCGUGAAGCAAGUGGUGGUGGUAGUUAACGACAAUCUGUACAUUGUACCGUCCGUACAAAAAGGUUUAGAUGCAUGUUUUAAAUUUUUUAUAGUAUUGAAUUUUAAAUACCCCCCUGAAUCGGAGCACUUGUGGUACUUUAUACAACGUGCGAUUUAUAAAAUAGAAACAAAAUACGAUCACAAGAUACCUUCUAUUAUAAGCAUUGUUAAUCAGUUAAAUGCCGCAAAGUCCUAACUGCUUAUUUACAAAAAAUUAAUAAAUUAUGGAGAACU